AUGCGUCGGAUAGGCACGUCGCGACUCCCGACGCCGAAACAUCCUCGAUCAUGUCGGGUGCCGGUAACGGACCACCAAUCUCGACAUUCUCGUUUGUACAAGGACUGUUCUCUUGUUGGUCACCUGGCUUGACCUUGCUGCUCAUCGAACCAACUCGAUUAAUAAUCGCCGCUUAGUUAAUUCCGGUCUUCUCGAACUGAAUAAAGAUACGCGCCGGAAUUGUCGCUAUCCUCGAACAUCCGUGGUCGAGAGAAUAUAUAUUUAGAUUUAGAGAAGCAUACGAUACUGGAGGGGGGACUGAGAAUCUGAAGCACGAACAGGUGGUGCGGCAUCAGUCGAGCACCAAGAAGGACAGAUAUAUCGAGGAAGAAGUAACAGGAUAUAUAUAAGUUGAAAAGGCUCAAGAAAUUGGAGUUCCUAAGAUACUUAAGUCACGAUAAACGUCCGUGCACAACAUCACGACAGUACGGUACUAUUUUCUACGCCAUUACAUCCUAUACAAGGUAUUCUGGACAAUCAAUAUUUAUUGCGAGGAUCGUCAAAAGGAAGCGUCCUUUGCCAACGACCUGUGAUCAUGCUCAGCCCAAAGAUGCAAAGAACUGUGAGAGUAAACGACUCGCAGCUUGUGAUGCUCUCAGAGAAAGCCAAUUACGAUCACUCAUUGAGUGGAUAUUUGCACAAACGAACUGCUGAUUCAACCAAGUGGCAAUUACGUUGGUUCGUUUUAUAUCAGAACUUACUAUUCUAUUAUGAAAACGAAACCUGUUCGAGGCCCAGCGGCGUUAUUUUGUUAGAGGGUUGCUACUGCGAUCGUCUCAUUACCGCCAAAGGCAAAGAGCCAGAUAAACAGCACUGUUUCGCGAUAUCUUAUAGAAGAGAAAAUCAACGGCAAUAUGAGUUAAAAGCAACUACAGAGUCUGAUUGUAAAACGUGGAUCGAAGCUAUACGAGAAGCCAGUUUCAACAAAUUGCUAUUACAAAAAGAGGAGCUCGAGCAGAAACACUUACAUUUGUUGCAAAUUGUCGAGAGCGAGAAGACAGCUAAAUGGCAAUACACACAGCAAUGCGAGGAACUUGCGUCAGAUAAGAAACUUCGAACAGAAUUGUGUGCCCUGAAGAAGGAGUUAAGGCCUGUAACUUCAACGUGUAGACCGGGAUUUCAAAGAACUAUGUCCCAUGGCACUGGCAGUUUAUACAUGUCGGGAUCUCCUUUUGGUUCCGGAGGACAAGGUUCAGGAGUUACAGUGUUUGGAUUACGAGAUAUUACCGAAGGCUCGAUCGAAAUGCAGAAAAUUAAAAAGGUUCAGAGCUUUUUCAGAGGAUGGCUGUGUCGUAGGCGGUGGAAGCAAAUCGUUGAACAGUAUAUUAAAAGCCCCCAUGCAGAAAGCAUGCGUAAACGAAACAGUUUAGUAUUUCAAAUGGUGGAAGCUGAAGAAGAAUACACAGAACAAAUGGAAAUAUUAGUAAGCUGUUUCUUGAGACCUUUUAAGAUGGCUGCCAGUUCAAAGAAACCCCCUUGUAGUCAUGAAGAUGUGAAUAGCAUAUUUUUGAAUAGCGAAACAGUGUUGUUCCUUCAUCAGAUUUUCCUGAAGGGUCUUACUUCACGUAUGGAGAGCUGGCCCACUUUAGUUUUAGGCGAUUUGUUUGACAUGUUAUUACCCAUGUUGGCAAUUUAUCAAGAAUAUGUCAGAAAUCAUCAUUACAGUCUUCAAGUAUUAACUGAAUGCAAGCAAUCACCUUCAUUCGCUGCAUUGCUCACUAGAUUGGAGAAUAAGACUGCUUGUGGAGGACGAUCUCUAGAGACAUUUUUAACAUAUCCUAUGCAUCAAAUUCCAAGAUAUAUCAUUACAUUGCAUGAACUAUUGGCGCACACUCCCUAUGAUCAUGUUGAACGAAAAAGUUUACAAAAUGCGAGACAACAAUUGGAAGAUUUGUCAAGACAAAUGCAUGACGAGGUUAGCGAAACAGAAAAUUUACGAAAAAAUUUGGCUGUUGAACGAAUGAUUGUAGAAGGAUGCGAUAUUUUACUUGAUGUCAAUCAAGUAUUCGUUAGACAGGGUACACUCAUCCAAAUUUUAGAUAAGCCAAAAGGAGCGCGAAGUAGAUUGAGCGCAACUUUCGGAGGGAAAAGUGGAGAUAAGGAAGUAAUUAGACAAUGCUUCCUUUUUUCUAAUCAUUUGUUAUUGACGACUCGUCAAUCAGACGAUGAUGGUCGUUUGAAUCUUGUUCCACAAAUCGGAAAAAUACCUCUUUCCGAUGCGGUGUUAGUGGAGGAUCCUAAUGACCAGGGUACUGCGGAUGAUGACGCUUCUUCAGCUUUGGGACUGCAACGACAUUCCAAGCAGUGGAUGAGCUGUCUUGUGCAAAACGGUAUCAGUGAGAGCAGCGGUAGUGGUAGCGGAACUGCCAGUAGUCAAGUACAGAAUCGUGACUUCAAAAUUAUACUCGAUUUGAAAUCUGGUGGAACUCAAGUUAUAGUACAUCUCGUAGCUCCUACUAUUCAGGAAAAAGCUGCGUGGAUCAGCGAUAUCAGUCAGUGCAUGGAUAACGUUCAUUUCAAUGAUUUGCUUCGGGGCUCGUUGUCGGAUACUAGUUCCGUCACGAUGCCUCAAUCCAUCCGGAAUGAUCCUAAAUUGUUCAAAGAUGAUGUAGACAUCAGAUUCAGUAGAACUUUAAAUUCUUGUAAGGUCCCGCAAAUUCGAUCAGCCACUCCUGAGCGUCUACUUCAACGACUAACAGAUUUAAGAUUUCUCAGCAUUGAUUUUCUCAAUACAUUUUUGUUAACGUAUCGAGUAUUUACCGAUGGUGUCACUGUGCUCGAAGCUCUGAAAAAAGUCUUUUAUGAAGCCGAACCACCAGAUUCUGAGAUGCCUACUGGUUCUUUAGUAUCUCUAGAUGUAUUGGGAGUAACUACAACAGAUUCUACAUUGCAUGUAGAUGAUAGAAGAAGAAGUAGCUUUUCACCACGAAGAAUUAGUGGAGAUAGUUCAGUUUCUGGAUAUGGAUCUGAAAUAAGUGAUAGUCGUGAAAUAAGAAGUUCCUAUGAUUACUCUGGAUAUACCCUUAAUUCAAAGGGAUAUUGGCGAAGUGGAUACAAAAAAGUAGAUGAAGAGCAACAGUUAGGUUUAAUUUCGGAAGCUCCUCCGAUUAUAAAACGAAGUCCUACUAUACAAUCGUCUUCUGCAUCCAUUGAUUCUCAAUCUCCCGCUACACCACGGAAGAUUAGCAUUCGCGUGGACAAAAAAGAAGAAGAUGAUGGUUGUCAUUUAACAAUACCAAAAGUAAUUGCGGUUUCAUCAAGUUCUGAAACUCUGACAGAUAAUACAGUAAUAAGUGCACCUUCCUCUCCAAGUAAUCUUAGCUCCGUUACGUUAGUUGGAUCAACGGGUUCCGGAUCAGGUUCUGGAUCAGAUCGAAGUCCACAAGAGGGUACUUAUUCACGUGGUGCCUCAGAAGAAACAGAUACACCUGUAGCAACGGAUCCCCCAAAAAUAGAUGAACAAUUUACCUACGAGCACUCUGAACCUGAAACAUCAAAACAAAUAAAAGAGAAAGUACAAGCAAGUACUGUUCCAGCACCAAAAGAAAAAGAUGCUGAAAUAAUCAAAAUUGAAAUAAGCAAACAAGAAAAAGAAAAACAAACAGCAAAAGAAAUUGAAACUAGUAUUUCAUCAAUGCAACCUCAAUCUCCUAAACAAAUUCAACAAAGUCUACAGAGUCAACAAAAACAUCAAAGUGAACAUAGAGCAUCGAUUGCUUCUGCACCUGCAGCUACUGUAAGGAGUAGCUCAAUUUCUACAAUAACUGGAAAUUAUUGGGCGAGCAGACGAUCGAUUCAAGAAAUCGAAAUGUCUUCCCAACAAGGCAACUUCCAGCACGAUCAGGUUUCCAGCAAGGCUGGAGUAGUGAUAACCAGCUUUCGUCAGAGUCAUCGAAGCAUUGGACGUGUACCUCUCUGGAGUAGUACUUCGACUGCUGCAACUGCAUUUGCAAUUGCAACAUCUGCAUCGAGCAAUCCUCCAGAUAAGGGCAUCGGGAAUAAUCGUAGUGGUUCGUGUCGAGAAAAAAACAGACGAAAGGAAUCAGUUAUGUCAACUGCAGCCACGAUGCGAGUAUUAAACGUGUUGAGGCAUUGGGUCUCGAAACAUGCUCAAGAUUUUGAAUCUGAUCAGAAGUUGAAAAAUCUAACGAUCGAGUUCCUGGAAGAUAUCAUUUACUGCCCUAAUCUUCUCCCAGCUGAACAUAAAGCCGCAAGCCAGCUUCUUAGAUUAAUUACGAAGGAAGAGCCAGAAAGUAGCAAAGUAGACCUCAAGAAAUUGUUAGCUUCUCCAAUUGUGCAAACUAAAGAGAAUAUCGAGACAUUAUCCGCGCUUGAAAUCGCAGAACAAAUGACAUACCUGGAUCACAAGAUUUUUAUAUCUAUUUCAAGCGAAGAAUUCCUUGGGCAAGCAUGGAUGAAAGUUGAUAAGGCUACACGUGCUCCUCACAUUCUUUUAAUGACAAAAAGAUUCAAUGAAGUGUCGCAGUUAGUUGUUUCAGAGAUUAUUCGCCGUUCAAAUAUGGCAGCACGGGUUGCAGCGAUUGAAAAAUGGGCUGCAGUUGCAGACAUUAGUAGAGUCUUGCAUAAUUAUAAUGGCGUAUUACAGAUUUGUGCAGCUUUCACGAAUAGCAGUGUUUUCAGAUUGAAAAAGACAUGGGAGAAAGUUUCAAAAACGACAAAGCAAACAAUUGAAAGAUUACAAAACAUUGUUUCUUCUGAUGGACGUUUUAGAAAUCUACGAGAUGCUUUACAUCGAUGCGACCCACCUUGCAUUCCUUAUUUAGGAUUAUAUUUAACCGAUCUUUCUUUCAUAGAAGAGGGUACACCAACCAUGACCGAAGAAGGCCUUUUAAAUUUUUCUAAAAUGCGAAUGAUCGCCCACGUGAUUCGAGAAAUACGACAUUUUCAACAAACGCCAUACAAAAUUGAAUUGAUAACUAAAGUAACGAAUUACUUGCUGGAUCCAUCAUUGUUGUUGAACGAGAAGGAUCUAUAUCGCAUGUCUUUGGAAAUUGAACCAAGAACAUCCAGGUUAAGUAGUUCAACCUUAAUUAAUCUGCCACCCUCUGUGAGCCACACAUCCACAAAAUGAAUUUGAGUACCGAGCUACUUCAAUUAUUAAUACAUACCUAAUUAUUCUUGUCUUAUUCUCAAGCUAUUAUUUUCUAGAUAAUAAGAAAAUUAAAAAAAAAAAAAAAAA